GGCAACCUGCAAGAAAAAAUGCAAAGAGCAGCCAAUCAGGCUUUGUUUUCGUUGUGGAGGUUGGAGGUGGCCAACGUUGUCAGUGCUUCGAAUCGAAACAGUGUAGUAGUUUUGCGUGGCUGUAAUGGUAUCCUGAGCUGUAAACUCGCCACCUGGGAUUGGAAUUAGUGAGCGAGUCGCCCAGCAUGGCUGGCAUGCAGCCUGCAGGCUCGUGGGUGAUUUCACCACAAGACAGAGCUCAGCAUGAGCGCACUUUCUACAGCUUAGGUCCCAUCAACGGCAAACUUAAUGGCGAGAAAGCGCGUGGUUAUCUCGUCCAGAGUGGCUUACCGACAGCUGAGCUGGGACAUAUCUGGACUCUGUGCGAUAUGGACCGCGACGGGCAGCUAACCUCCUCUGAGUUCUCGAUGGCCGUGUACGUCAUCUUCUGCCGCAAGUCUGGCAUCUCGCUACCCAGAACCUUGCCGCCGUCGCUCGUGCAGUCUGCUUCGGUCAAUGUAUCUCCAGCUCAGCCCAGCGUCAUGCCACAGCAGAUGUUACCAAUGGGUCAGCAGCAGUCAUUGCCGGCGAGCAACUCGUCGGGCUUCAGCGGCCAGGUAAUGAGUUCUGCGCAGAUGGCUGGUGCGGUGGGGGCACAACCACCCAGACAAGGACUGUCCGGCACGCCAUCUGUAGGAAAUCAAUCUGGUGGCAACUGGCAGCAGCCGAUCUCCUCCAACAACUCCAAACAGCCGUCGAUGGAUAGUUUGACCUCAUUAGAUUCUCUUGGCAGAACCAACUCGUUGCUGCCGUCGAAUUCCAUGGUGUCAGCCAAUGCCACCGUUCCUGAUGGUGGUGCCGGUGCCGGUGGCGAGUGGGCUAUACCUGCGCAGGCACGUUUCCAGUACAAUCGCAUGUUCAGUGACGCCGACCGUUUCAAGCGCGGCUACCUGACCGGCAUGGAGGCCAGACCACUGCUGCAGCGCACUCAGGUCGCGCAAGCACAGCUGUUCCAGAUCUGGUCCAUGGUGGUGCCGGGCACCAACUCUGCCAUCAAGUGCGAGGAGUUUGUCAUUGCUAUGUACUUGGCGGAGUGUGCGGCUAAGGGAAGAGCUCUACCCAGUACACUGCCUCCGGAGCUUGCUCGCCUCAGAAAAUCCACCACGCCUGUUCUCGCUCAAAAACAACCUGCGGGUGGUGUGACUCCGAACAAGUCAUCAUUUGCAGAAAGAUCAUCGCUGGAGGAUAGAAAGCGUGACAACUUUUCUAAAGGGCAGGAAGUGCUAGAGAAACGCCGACAGGAGCUGCAGGAGCAGAAGCGAAAAGAAGAGGAAGAAAAGCUCCGGAAACUUCAGGAAGAGGAAGAGCGCAAGGCAAAAGAACGGAGAGAGCAAGAGCUGAAGCAGCAAGCGGAACUGGACCGGCAACGUCGCCAGAUGGUGGAAGAGCAGCAGAGACGUGACCUGGAGGAGCAGAAGAUUGUCAUGCAGCGCACGGCCGCGCAGUUGGAAAUGGAACGGAAGCGACGCGAGGACGAAAUUCGUCAGCGGAAGUUGGAGCUGAUGCAGCAGAGGUCCCGUCUUGUUGACCAAGUCAACACCGUCAAGCCUCGUGCUCGCCGUGUGGCCAUGGAGUUAGAGACGCUGCAACAUCAGCACACUGAACUCAAGGCCACAUUGAGGACGGGCACGGGACGCAAGGAGGAGCUGGAGAAUCGUAUACUAAGCAUGACAUCACGCACUGGCUCCUCGCGUACUCAGCUGGAGGAGCUGCGUGCCGAAACCAUGCGUGCUCGAGAGCACUUGUCCCGCGUGUCUCGCGAGCGUGAGACCUUGAGCGCGCAGGUGGCGCAGUCGACGCGUGGAGCCGAAUCCGUGCAAGGCUAUCAGUCCACCAUCAAUGAUCUCCGCGACAUCACCAGCCGUGUGUCGGCACUGCGCUUGGAGCGUUCUAACCACUCGCGCCAGAUCCAACAGAAGCGCACCGAGCUGGAGCACGAGCGAAAAGUUGUUCUGUCACUGCGACAGGAAGAACAGCAGAAGACACGCUCUGCAGAACAAGCCAAGUCACAGCUGCAAGCUCUGGAGCAACAACUGGCCGAGGAGAAACGACAGGAAGAGCUUGCAAAGCAACGCAAGCUAGAAAUGGAAGCUAGAAUUCGAGAAGAAGAGGUGAAGAGACGACAAGCAGAGGAGAGACGACAAGCCGAACUUAAGCAUAGGAAGGAAGAGGAGGAAGCCGAGGCAAAGCGGAAAGAAGAAGAGGCAAGCAAGAAAACGAAAAACAAGGACGCAGAUUUCUUUGGUUCGGAUUCGAUUGGCAGCUGGCCGGGAGCGGACACGACCACAACCUCCACAGCAACAGCGACGGCAGGCGAGACAAGUUCAGCUUUCUCGGCGGCAUGGCCUGAUGCGUCGUCGUCAUCCUCGACUAACACAGCAACGGCAGGCGAUGCUUUCACUUCAGGCUUUGCCACUGCUUUCCCGUCAGGGGACGAUGACUGGACAAAGACGACGUCGGCAAAGGAAACAUCCAAGCCAUCUACCACCACCGCCUCUGCCCCGGCUGCAACAGCAUCUGAUCCUUUUGCUGACCUGCCAGCAGGGACAUUCAGCGCAAGUAACACACCUGAUCCGGCUGCUUCAUCGGCAAGCGGCGACAUCUUCGCAGUGAGCUGGGGAAACAAUGCUGCUGCCAACCAAGGAUCUGCUGGCACGUCGAACGAGGUGGGAACUGUUGCUACUGCUAGUGCUGCUACUGCUGCAAGCUUUCCUGAGGAGGACAGUGCAGAAAGUUUUACUGGUGAUGUGCCAGAUGGCUUGAGAAAAUGGGUUAGCAAAAAGCAGCAGGCUUCAUAUAACGUAUCUACGUCUUCAUCGUCUUCUACUUCAUCCCAGGUUUCAGCAGCACCAUCUAUGGCAAGCACACAAGCUACUCCAGUCAUUGCUACCGUACAGUCAAGCAAACCAGCAGCAGUGAACAAACUUGGAACUAGCCCGAAGCCACCCCGCCCAGGACCUCCUAGGCCCGCCAUUGCUCCGGUGGCUUCUGCCUCACCGAUCCCUCGCCGACCUGCACCUAUCGCCGCCCAUCGUCACAACACAUCAUCAUCGAGUGCGUCGGAGCAGGAUGUUUCAUCCGCUAUGUCUCUGGACACUAUGAAGCCUGUACCGCAGCCUCGCCGUGCCACACCACCCGACACGGUGCAGGUGUCACAAUCUGAAUCAUCCGUUGCCACCAGCGGUAGCAACACUAGUGCAACUAAAGACAAGGAGGACGCAGUGCGCCGGAAGGUUGAAGAGCUGCAGCGCAAGAAAGCUGAGCUGCAGAAGUUGAAGCAGCAGAGGGAGCAAGAGGCAAAGAAAACCGAACAGGACGGCAAACAGAAUGCGUUGGGAAGUGAUUCUGACGUUGGUCUGAGUCGUACGCAGUACAAGGCCGAGUUUGGCUUCCAAGCACGUAGUGAUGAGGAGCUGACGUUCAAUGAAGGUGAUCUGAUACUGAGUACCAGUGACCUAGGUACCCCAGAGCCCGGCUGGCUGGGCGGUGAGCUGAAUGGCAAGAAGGGCUGGUUUCCGCAGAGCUACGUGUCAGUCUUACCGGCGUCGGCAACGCUGCUGCCUGCUAGCGCCGCCACACCCAACUACGCUGCUGUGGGUGCUGCUGUGGCUGCUGCUGCGGGCACGGAGCAGAACUUCUCUGACUCUGGUGCGUUCUCGAACAAUCAACAGCAGCAGCAGCCAUCGUCAGUGACGUCCGCUGCCAGUAGCAGCAGCAUUAAUGCUAGUCAGCAUGAGGAUAACGAAGAGAGAGCGGUUGCACUGUACAACUGGAAGGCGAAGAAAGAUACGCACCUGUCCUUCAAGAAGGGCGACAUUAUCAUCGUGAAAGAGAAGGACGAUAUGUGGUGGUCGGGAGAUCUGGAUGGCAAGAUUGGCUGGUUUCCUAAGUCGUAUGUAAAGAUCGCACCAGGCAGCACUGCAUCGGUAUCACAGGCAUCAAGUGUCACCUCUCCUCCAUUCUCGCCUGUUCAAGGUCAUCCAGGAGAGCCUUCAGAAGAGGCUGCUGCAGCCAGUACUGGAGAGUUUGUGGCUCUCUAUCCGUACACGGGCCCCAGUGGUGAUUUGACGUUUGCUCAGGGUGACAUCAUUAGCGUGACAAAGCAGGGCGGUGAGUGGUGGGAGGGCACUACCAAUGGCCGCUCCGGUAUGUUCCCGGCUACGUAUGUCACUCCGAAGACACAAGACGAUGAUGCAGCACCCGGUCAGCAGCAGCAGUCACAACAGGCGUCCGUUGCUCCCAGCGCAUCAACAACAUCAGGAUCAGGAUUGGCUGGUGGCAAGCCUGCCAUCGCUACCGUGACCAGUAACUUCACGGCAACUAAUCCCGACGAGCUGUCGCUGUCUGUCGGUCAACUGGUGGCUGUGUCCAAACAGGACGGUGACUGGUGGGAAGGAACACUGCAGGCCCGUGGUAAGAAGCGCCAGGCGGGUCGGUUUCCCGGCGCGUAUGUUCGUCUACUGGGUGCUCCAUCGGACUCGCAGGUUGCCAAGCGUGCUUCACAUGUUCAUAGCGCUUCUCAACAGCAGCAGCAGCAAGUAACGUCGCCAGUCAGUGUGAAAUCAGGAACCGUGCUCAGCAUUCAAAGCAACACAUCAUUGUGUAAAGUGACAGCAUUGUUUGCGUACGAUGCUGCCAAUGACGAUGAGUUGACGUUAGCUCAGGGUAGCGUGAUCGCCGUCCAUGAACGAGGUGGGUCCUGGUGGAGAGGUGAACUCAACGGCAAGGUUGGACUCUUCCCGUCGAACUACGUGCAGGAGGAACCAGCAGCAACAGGCAUCGUCAAUCCAGCACAGGCCUGGACGUCUGCCAUACAUGCUGAUGUCUUACCCACUGUCAGUGCGGAAGAAAGGAAACGCCAGCAAGCCAUCCAUGAGCUGAUCUCCACAGAGCAGAGCUAUGUAGAUGACUUGAUCAUGGUGACAAAGUGCUUCCAGAAACCUCUCGUCGUUCGAAACAUCAUCCCGGAGGAUAUUAUCAACACAAUUUUCACUAACAUUGAUGACAUCAUCAGUGGAAAUUCUAUCUUCCUCCGAGCACUGCUAGAUCGACAAGUGGAUGGCGUACCCUACCUGAUCCCUGUCAUAGGUGAUCUGCUCUGUGAGCAGAUACCUCGUCUGACCACACAUGUUCGCUUCUGCAGCUGUCAGAUCCGUGCCAUAAACCUGCUUCAGGACCUGAGUGCGAGUGAUGAACCAUAUCAGCAGUUUGAACAGGAGUGUUCCAAGGAGAAAGUUGGUGGUGGUCUGCCCUUGCAGAGCUUUCUGUUAAAACCCAUGCAACGUGUCACCAAGUAUCCACUGUUGGUGCAGCAGGUUCUCAAGUACACCAGCGAAGAUCAAACGGAUCAUAGUAACCUUGUCGCAGCCGUUGAUGCUGCACAGAAACUAUGUGAAGAGGUGAAUGAAGGUGUUCGUAUGCAGGAGAACUCCGAUCGUCUAGAAUGGAUGCAGAAGAACUUUGUCAUGCCAGAUUUGAAAGAGUACUUUCAUUUCAAUUCCAAUACGAACUGUCUUGGGCCAAGGAAGAUAUUGCGAGAAGGCAUGCUGAGCAAGGUUGCUAGCGGUCGUGAACUGCAUGCAGUUCUAUUCAAUGACUUCUUGCUCUUAGCUAAGCCGGUCAACACGAAUCCUUUCGCCAAGGCCUUUGGCAACGACCAGGAAGAAAAGCGCACCAUGUACAGACAACCUUAUUUCCUAAAUGAGGUCCUGGUCAAGGAGGCAAAUGCAGAAGAAUUUGGUGACAACUUCUGCUUUCACAUCUCUCAUCUUGGCAAGAUUGUGUCACUACGCGCUGAAAGCAAGUCCGACCGUGAUGGUUGGGUGAAUGAUAUCCUCAAAGCAAACUCUGCGUUUGUGGAGAAGCUACGUCAGAUGAAGUCCAAGUCAGCUAAGGCUCGUGAGCAGUCGGCAGCUGGUGGAGUAGCUACCGCUGUGAUACAUCUAAUAGAUGGGAAAAACCUGAAAGCAUCAGAUCCAACUGGUAAGAGUGAUCCAUACGUACGCGUAACUCUUGGGCAGCAGGAACAUCGCUCUCAAGUCAUUCUGGAAACUCUUAGUCCAACAUGGGAUCAUAAGAUGGUGUUUAAUUUGCACGACCUGUCAUCCGAAGUGUUGUGUUUCACUGUGUUUGAUCAUGAUCGGUUCAGUCCUGAUGAUUUCUUAGGCCGAGCUGAGAUAAAUGUCAACAGUUUGACAGGCCCCGGUCCCUGGAAGAAAGUGCUUGUCUUGCAAGGUGUGGACACUGGAGAGAUUCGUCUCAGUAUACAACUCAUUCCCAAGAAGUCAUGACCACCGCAACCGACACUCGCGCGUGAGCUGUGAUGAUGUUGUGAUCACUGUGUGUUUGUCAGCAUGCCUCUGCUCUGUAGUAGCAGUAGCUGUUGUAUUGCUGCUGUGUGCGUGUGUAUUCGGCAUCAUGCUCCUACUUGUAUAUCGUGUAUCUAGAACAACAUAUUGUCAAGUGCUGUGUGUACUGCUAUCAUGGUUAUGUGUGUGCUGCUGCCAUGGUUACGUGCUUGUUGCUGCCAUGGUUACUAGCUCUGCUGAUUUCUCUACCGCUAUGGGUGGAGCAGGCACAGCUCCAGCGUUGAACUGUUUCCUCUUCGUGCAGCCACAGCAUGGAGAUGGUAUGUUUGGCGCUUGGAUAGCCUGGACAUUGCCUUUCUUCAACCCUCACCCUUGCCACAGCUUUCUUUAUCCUGCCUCCUGCUCUUGACGGAAACUGCUCUUGCUGCGUUCCUGGCUGAUUUGGCAAGAUGUACCUAGGUGUGCUGCUACUAAUCAACUAAUGACAUCUUGCGAGGCACUUCACUGUUGGGUCUCUCCAAUAUCCAGUCUAGUAUUACUGUCUACAGCUCACUGUUUAGCAUCCCAUUAUUCCCUGUUUACCACCGGCAAGUAGUAAAAUACGUGCUACCCUCUGUGGGAGUAGUAAAAUACUUACUACCCCCUGUUGGUUACCGGUCGCUCGUCAGUAUCGUCGUGCUGCUCUGCAUUUCUGCUUCUUCCCUAUUUGUUUUACUAUUUUUAAAGAUCUUUACUCGAAUUUGUGUCCUGGCAGGAUUGGGCCGACUUGUGACACAACACCCUUUGUCUGGCGUAGUAGUAGUACUGUAGUAGGCUUUUAACGAUAGCAUGUUCAACUUCUUCUACUGGAACGGCGCUGGCUUCUUUCUCCCUUAUAGGUGUACAUAGAACACAACAAUUAUUUACUUUCCACCGCUUUUUGUUUUUGUUUUUCUGUUUUUGUUUUGCUUGUCCGCGGUGCCCUGCCCACUUAUUUUAAUUGAAACUAUUUUCGGCACUUCACACAAAGAGAACGAGAUAAAAAACAAGUUCAUCAUCAAAGAUUGAAAAAUCA